AUGUCGGCCCCAGUCGAGUUCAAGGAAAACACCUCCAUCGUUGUGUUUGGUGCCUCUGGUGAUUUGGCCAAAAAGAAGACGUUCCCGGCUUUGUUUGGAUUGUUCCGUGAAGGAUAUUUGUCCAAGACCUCGCACAUAAUAGGUUAUGCCAGAUCCAAACUGUCAACGGAGGAACUGCGCGAGAGAAUUAAAAGUUAUCUCAAGUUCCCAUCCGACGAUACUAAGCUUGUCGACGAGUUUCUGAGCCUUAUCUCCUACAUUGCUGGUCCUUACGACACUCCUGAAGGCUACGAAAAGCUUAAAGACUCUAUUGAACAGUUUGACAAGUCCAGAAAUGUGACUGAGUCCCACCGUUUGUUCUACCUUGCUCUUCCCCCUUCUGUGUUCACUGUGGUUGCCAGCAAGCUCAAGGAGAUCUGUCACCCAGGCUCCAAAGGUCUUGCCAGAAUCAUUGUUGAAAAGCCAUUUGGCCACGAUCUACAAAGUGCACAAGAAUUACAGAGUCAGCUGGCCCCUCUGUGGAGCGAAGACGAGUUGUAUAGAAUCGACCAUUACCUCGGAAAGGAGAUGGUCAAGAACCUCAGUGUGCUGAGAUUCUCCAACUCCUUCAUCAGUGCUGCCUGGGACAGCAGAAGCAUUGCAUGUGUGCAGAUCUCUUUCAAGGAGCCAUUUGGAACCGAGGGAAGAGGUGGUUACUUUGACUCCAUCGGUAUAAUCCGUGAUGUGAUGCAGAACCAUCUUUUUCAGGUGCUGACGCUGUUGGCCAUGGAGGAUCCUAAGUCUUCGGAGGCCGAGGCUGUUAGAGACGAAAAGGUUAAGGUGCUCAAGGCUAUCAAGAAGUUCGACGAAAAGAACAUCCUGAUUGGCCAGUAUGGCAAGUCCGCCGAUGGAACCAAGCCAGGUUAUCUUGACGACGACACUGUAAAGCCAGACUCCAAGUGUGUCACUUUUGCAGCCCUCACUUUGGAGGUUGACAAUGACAGGUGGAGAGGUGUUCCUUUCAUUCUGAAGGCAGGAAAGGCCUUGAACGAGGGUAAGGUUGAGAUUAGAAUCCAGUUCAAGCCAACUGGCGACGAAUCCUUCACGAAGGUGAUCAGAGACGAAUUGGUGAUCAGAAUCCAACCAAACGAGGCCAUGUACUUGAAGAUGAACACCAAGAUCCCAGGUGUUCGGAGUGAUCUUGCAAUCACUGAGCUGGAUCUCUCCUACAAGAACAGAUACUCUGACUUCUACAUCCCAGAGGCUUACGAGUCCUUGAUUAGAGACUGUUUCUUGGGAGACCAUUCCAACUUUGUGAGAGACGACGAGCUUGACCUCAGUUGGGGUCUCUUCACGCCGCUUUUGAACUACUUGGAAGGUCCAGAUGCACCAACGCCAGAGUCAUACGCCUACGGCUCGAGAGGUCCACAGCAAUUGAUCCCAUACCUGGAGAAGAACGGAUACGUUCACCAGACCAAGGCGUACCAAUGGCCAGUUACAAGACCGGACAUUCUGGAAAGUAAGAUGUAA